CGUGCUGUCCGCAAAUAAGGAAAGGAAAGGUUUGGUGCUGCUACGGUCGAGAGAUGCUUACGCUAUAGGCAGUUUGUCGAAGGACGCCGUCGUUAGUUAGCAUUGAGCCUGUGCUUCACUAUUUUGUUCCGUGGUCGAGUCGUUGUUGCCCGGGCCGCCGCUACCGUCACCACUACUACGCUACCGCCGUUGUCGCUGCUGCCACCGUCACUACAAUCGCCGCCAUUUUUACUUUACGUCGGGCCGCAGUCUGAGCCGCGUGUACGGACAAAUUCACCUCGCGAUUUUCGUCUCAUUCACCGGUUUUUACGGAUUACUCUUGACUUGGUUCUGAGAACGAGCCGAAAUAAUGCCGGGUUUCAGUAGCGUGGGUACUUUCAAAAUUUUCAUCGGCAAUUUGGCCGAUAAGACCUCCAAUGCCGACAUUAAACCACUCUUCGAGAAGCAUGGGAAAGUCGUCGAAUGCGAUGUCGUCAAGAAUUACGGAUUUGUGCACAUGGAAAAUGAAGAAGCUGGUAGAAAUGCUAUUCAAAAUUUAAACGGUCAAUUGGUGCAUGGACAAGCUAUCAAGUGUGAGGCAGCAAAAAGUCGCAAAGGUCCCAAUACCCCUACAACCAAAAUUUUUGUAGGUAACUUAACUGAUAACACUAAAGCACCCCAAGUGCGUGAGUUAUUUGCCAAAUAUGGUACUGUGGUUGAGUGCGAUAUUGUACGCAACUAUGGGUUUGUCCACUUGGAAGCCACAGGGGAUGUCAAUGAUGCUAUUAAGGAACUGAAUGGACAGAUCGUGGAUGGUCAACCCAUGAAGGUACAAAUAUCAACAAGUAGGGUACGACAAAGGCCUGGUAUGGGAGAUCCAGAGCAGUGCUACAGAUGUGGAAGAGGUGGUCAUUGGUCAAAGGAGUGUCCUAAGGGUGGAAUGGGUGGUGGACCUGAUAGAAAUGGCUUCAGGGAUAGGAUGUUUGGACGUGACCCUUAUCCACCACCACCACCACCUCCUUUCCUUCGAGAUAGACUAAUGGGUGGAGCACGCUUCGGUACUUAUCCGCCCUUCCAGGACUAUGACAGUUACUACGAUCGUCGUGGAUUUGACGAUACCAGGGAUUUAUAUGAGAGGAGGUUCACAGGAAUGACCGGAAUGUCGGGUAAUGAAGCCUAUCAGUUUCCCGGUAUGGGAUCAAUGCGUGACACUGGAUUCUCUCGUGGUCAAGACUAUGGCAUGUUUAGCCGACGAUCACCACCACCCACUGGUAACAAUGGCAGAUUCAGUAGAGGCAUGUACGAGGACUUCAGCAGAGAUUCAUUUGAAGAGCGUAGACCGGGAAUACGAGGGCCAUCGCCGUCGCGCCGGUUCGCACCAUACUAAAGCGUCGCCGCCCGAGAUAAUCUCGGAUUUACGUCUCGGAUUUAUCUCUACAUUUGUACAAGUCAGUACCCGCUAAUACGUGUUAUAUCGAAAUAAUAUCCGUAUCAUGAUUACAAGACGAGGCAUCGCUGUCUCAAAACGCAGAGAAUAAAUUCGUCGUUCAUCUUAUUAAAUUAGAGCAAUAAACGAUAAUCACUUGACACUUAAUUAUAAGAUUCUGUAUGAGCGUAUAUAUAUAGUGUAUACUUGAACGUAAAUGUAAUGUAUGUACUCAAGUCUACGUUUGUAAAUAAUGGAACAGCAUUUUAUUCAUCUUUUUAUCUUAACACACUUAGUUAGAAUGAUGGCUGUAAUUAUCUGAAAACGAUUCAAAUUAUAUAGGUAAUUAGGUACAUUAGUUACAAAAGUCAUAAGUAUCGAAGAUUUAAAGACGUUAUAUUCAUAAUAAGUAAACAUGCAUCGAAUAAAUUGUUUUCUUUAUCUAAAAAAUUAAACUUGCGUGUCUAUGUAAGUGUACUUAAAAACAACGAUAAAUGGGACAAAAUCACGGAUUAUGUACGAAGGCUUCUUCCGAAUUUUGUAAGUUUUGUAAGGCAAGUGAUGAAAAUUGCCACGAGGAGUAAAAAAUUGAUUGAAUUUAUUCUUUCUUUUUCACUAUAAUCAUUUCAUCAUUAGAUAUUAGUUAAUUUACUUUAAUUUUGAAUUACAUAAGUAUCAUUUUUUUAACACUUCUGACUAAUAAAGACGAAGAAAAGAUAGGCUUAAAUAUUCAAAUAAUUGAAAAUUAAAUAUCUUUUUAAAAGACAAGGGCCUGUUUGCUACUAUACUAUUCAGAUAAAUUGCGACAUUAAAAAUUCCGGUAAAAUAACACGUAUCUAGCAUUUAAAAAAAUCAUAAUUAUGUAAUAAUUCUUUUGAUAUAUAUAAUAAAGAUGAAAUCCAUCAAACAAUUAUUUUGAUGGAUGUAACGUAAUACGUCACACCUAACAAAAUUACUAUAGCUUAUUUUAAGUAAAAUAAAAAUAUAAUGAAAUCAUAAUUACAGAGAAAGAGAAAAAUAAAGUCAAUUGUCUCGUUAUUCUUCGUAGCAAUUUUUAUCGGUUGGAUCUUGUAACGCCCAGACGUUAAUAAAGACUACGUACAUAAUCCUUU